GAGCCAGCAGCGCUUGGCCAAGCCCUUUCCUUGCGCCCGUGGGUGCCGCUGUCCCCCCUGCGGCAGGUGGGUGGGUGCACGGACGGGCGGGCAGGGGGAAGAUCCCUGCAGAGGUACCUGUGCCGCUGGGGCCACCGCACUCCCAGCUCCAGGAGAGGCACAGUGUAAGGAUGGCACCGAGCUGGCUCUGCAACAAGGUACCAGGGGGGUCUGGGGGGCUCUCCGUGGGGGCUCAUGGCUCUUUGCAGUGAAGCAGGGUCCGAGCUGGUGCCGGAUCCGUCCCCGGCUGGCUGGGCUCUGCGUGGUGCCGGUGGACGAGCGGCAGAUGAGCUCUUGCUGGGGUCCCCACGUGCUGCCCGGGGGACCCCUGUCCUGGUACUUUGUCUCUGAGGGUGAGGGCUGCUGGCAGCAAACCCAGGUGGGCUCCUUGCAGCAGGGACCACCCCACCACCUCCCCCCUAUGCCAUGAGCCAGUGCAAACUCCUUGGGUCCCUGCCCCGUGCCAGCGGGUCCCGGGGGGCUGCAGGUCCUUGGAGGCUGCACACCCUUGCUGGUCAUCCCCAGGUUUUGGGGCUGUGCUUGGUCUCCCAAAGGAGAAUGACCCCAUCCCAGCACCAGCAUUUUGUUGCUCUCCUUGGUUCUGCCACACGUUUCCUGGCGCGGCCGGAGGUGUCAGACCCUGUGCUGCACCCAAGGGUGCCCUGCCCAGCCCGGGCGCUCCCUGCAUGGCAGCAAACACCUCGCUGGCUGCCGGUGGCACAGUGUGACCGUGCAGCACGGUGGGGGGCAUCUCCCCGUUCCCCUCUGCAUACCUGGAGCUCUGUGGUCCAGCUCCACAGGGAAAGAUGCUGUGCCCUGGCAUGGGGCAUCUCUCUGUUGUGGAUGCCCGCAGGUUUGCGGCGUCGAGUGGUGCCAAACCCACUCCCCAUCUCUUGCAGAGCAUGUCCCUGUGGUGCCACAGGCUGGAGCUGUGGGGUCUGGUCACCGUGGGGCUCCUGGGCCUCUGCUACCUGCUCUGCUACAAUGACCAGCUGUGGUCCAGCAUGGCCCCUCAGCACAGCACCCCCCUAGCCCCCAGGUGACCCCCAGCCUCCCCCCGCUCCGGGUUCUGCCCUCUCCUGCCCCAUGCAUGGCCAACACCUCAGUGCACAACAUCUCCGGCUUCGCCAAGCUGCCCGGCCAUGUGCAGGACUUCAUGCGGUACCAGCACUGCCGGUCCUUCCCAGUACUGCUCAGCAUCCCCGGCAAGUGCGGGGGGGCCCAGGAGUCCUCCAGCAUCUUCCUCCUCUUGGCCAUUAAGUCCUCACCGGUGAACUACGAGCGGCGGGAGGUGAUCCGUAAGACCUGGGGGCAGGAGAGGACCUUUGAAGGAGCCUUCAUCCGCCGAGUCUUCCUGGUGGGGGUAGCCCCGCGUGCCCGGGAUGCCAAGAAGCUCAACCAGCUGCUGCGGCUGGAGCAGCGGGAGCACGGGGACGUGCUGCAGUGGGACUUCAGGGACACCUUCUUCAACCUGACGCUGAAGCAGGUGCUUUUCCACACCUGGCUGGUGGAGCACUGCCCCGGUGUCCGCUUCAUCUUCAAUGGGGAUGAUGACGUCUUCGUCAACACUGACAACGUUGUUCGCUUUGCAAUGGCCACCCAGGGUGCCCAGGAGCAACACCUCAUGGUGGGGCAGCUCUUUGUUAACAACAGCCCCGUCCGGCUCCAGCGCAGCAAGUACUUUGUGCCCAUGCAGCUCCUGGCUUCCAGGCGGUACCCACCCUACUGUGGCGGCAGCGGGAUGCUCAUGUCCGGCUUCACUGCCCGCGUCAUCUCCCGGGAAUCACAGGACAUCAGGCUCUUCCCCAUCGAUGACGUCUACCUGGGCAUGUGUUUGGAGAAGGCAGGGCUGCUGCCUGCUUCCCACGCUGGCAUCCGGACCAUGGGUGUGGGGGUGCAAGCCAACGAAGACUCCUUCGAUCCCUGCUACUACCGGGAGCUGAUGCUGGUGCACCGCUUCGUGCCCUAUGAGGUGGCGGUGAUGUGGCAGGCCAUCCACGAGCCCCAGCUGCUCUGUGGCAGGAGGGUAGGCAUCUUCUAGGGGGGCCGAGGAGGACCGACAGCUUGGGGGAAAAUGCCGGUGCAACCCAAGGGCCACGUGGGCUGUGGUUUUUCCCACAUCCCUGGGAGCUGCUGCUCGGUGCCUCCAUACUGUGAGGGAGGGUCCUUACGGUCCCUGGGGCCACCCCUCACAUCCACCAUGGUCUCACUGGGCAUGCAGAACAGCAUCUGUGGUAGCUCCCACCAUGGGGACUGCUGAGUGCCACCAUGUGCCCAUCCUGGCCCAUUUCUGCCUGGUUUUACCCCAAAUCUGCCCUCCCACGGCCAGUGGAGCCCUGAGGCAUUGGAGGGAAAAUAAAUGAACCCAUGUUGUUAAUGAGGA